CCUUUCUUUCCCUCCGCCAUCCGCGGGGGUGUGCGCGGCGGCGGGUGCCGUAUAAAUGGGGAGAGCGGCGAGUCCGAGCCGCGGAUGCUGAGGGGCAGCUCCCCCGGCAGCGGAGUCCGGACCCGUACCCGAGCCAAGACUAAGAUCAGCAUCAGAACCGGGACUAUCACGGGGACCAGGGCACCAUGGCCGAAGAGCUGGUGCUGGAGACGUGGGACCUGCAGUGCGAGCGCAACGGGCGGGAGCACCGGACGGCGGAGCUGAGCGGGCAGCAGCUGGUGGUGAGGAGGGGACAGCCCUUCACCAUCACCCUGCACUUCUCGGGCAAGAGCUACGAGGAAGGGGUGGACAAGCUCGCCUUCAACGUCGAGACGGGGCCCUGCCCCAUCGAGACGUCAGGAACACGGUCUCACUUUGCCGUGACCGACUGCCCUGAGGAAUCGGGCUGGAGCGCUGUGGUGCAGGAGCAGGACGGGGACUCACUCUCCGUCUCACUCUGCUCCCCCCCCAACGCCCGCAUCGGCUGCUACAGCCUGACCCUGGAGAUCUCCAGCGACUACCAGGGCGCCAGCUACCACAUCGGGGACUUUGUUCUGCUCUUUAACGCCUGGCACCCAGAGGACACGGUUUUCCUCCGGGAUGAGAACGAGCGCCGCGAGUAUGUGCUGGCCCAGGAGGGGCUCAUCUACCAGGGCUCCCGCGACUACAUCACCUCCACCCCCUGGAACUUCGGGCAGUUUGAGGAUGACAUCUUGUCCAUCUGCCUCAAGCUGCUGGACACCAACCCCAAAUUCCUGCGGGACCAGAACAGGGACUGCUCCCGCCGCAAUGACCCUGUCUACAUCGGCAGGGUGAUCAGUGCCAUGGUCAAUUGUAACGAUGAGGACCGGGGGGUGCUGGCGGGGCGGUGGGACAACUCCUAUGAAGAUGGGAUGAGCCCCCUGGCCUGGAUUGGCAGCGUGGAUAUACUCAAGAGGUGGAAGAAUUUUGGCUGCCAGCCAGUCAAGUAUGGCCAGUGCUGGGUUUUUGCUGCUGUGGCCUGUACUGUCAUGCGGUGCUUGGGGAUCCCCAGCCGGGUGGUGACCAACUACAACUCAGCCCAUGACACCAAUGGGAAUCUGAUCAUCGACCGCUACCUCAACGAGACCGGGGAGGAGGACCGGCGCUCCAGGGACAUGAUCUGGAACUUCCACUGCUGGGUGGAGUCCUGGAUGGCUCGUCCAGACCUGGCACCUGGCUAUGAUGGGUGGCAGGCGCUGGACCCAACGCCCCAGGAGAAGAGCGAAGGGGUUUUCUGCUGCGGGCCAGCCCCCGUCAAGGCCAUCAAGGAGGGUGACCUGCAGCUGAAGUACGACAUCCCCUUCGUCUUCGCGGAGGUGAACGCCGAUGUGGUGUACUGGGUGGUGAGGCCUGACGGGACACAGAAGAAGAGCACCCACUCCUCAGUGGUGGGGAAGAACAUCAGCACCAAGAGCGUGGGCAGGGACACCAGGGAGGACAUCACCCACACCUACAAGUACCCAGAGGGGUCUGAAAAGGAGAGAGAAGUGUUUGCAAAGGCAGAGCACGAGACAAGCUCUCUCAGGGAGGCAGAGGAGGGGCUGCACCUCAAGAUCAAGCUGUCAGAGGGUGCAAACAAUGGCUGCGACUUCGACGUCUUCGCCGUCAUCAGCAACAACACAGAUGAGGAGAGGGUCUGCAGGCUGAUGCUGUGCGCCCGCACCGCCAGCUACAACGGCACCGUUGGGCCCCAGUGUGGCCUGAAGGAUCUGCUGAAUGUCACCAUCGCACCCUGGGAAGAGCAGCGUGUGCCCCUGCGCAUCCUCUACGAGCAGUACGGGGAGGCCCUGACCCAGGACAACAUCAUCAAGGUGGUGGCUCUCCUGACUGAGUACCAGACUGGAGAUGUCAUCGUGGCUGUCAGGGAUGUCUACGUCCAGAAUCCAGAGAUCAAGAUCAGGAUUUUAGGGGAGCCGAUGCAGAGGAGGAAGCUGGUGGCAGAGAUCAGCCUGGUGAACCCCCUCACAGCCCCCCUCAACAACUGCCUGUUCGUGGUGGAGGGCAGCGGCCUCACUGAUGGACAGCAGACCAAGGAGCUCGAGGAGCCCGUGGAGCCCCAGGCAGAGGCCAAGUUCCGGAUGGAUUUCGUGCCGCGCCAGGCGGGGCUGCACAAGCUGGUGGUGGAUUUUGAGAGCGACAGGAUGAAGGGGGUGAAGGGCUACCGCAACGUCAUCGUGGCACCACACCCCAAGUGAGCGGCCCCCGUGGCCCCCUGUGCAGAGACCCUCCCCCUCCUCCCUGCCUCCCACUCAGGGGCUCCCAGACCCCCACCCGCUUUAGCCCAAGAUGGUCCCGGUGGUGCCGGAAGGACGAGGUCCAAAGCCUGACCUGACCCCCCCCGAGCUCCUCCCCGGGAGCACUCAGAGCUGCGGGGGGAGAAGUGACAGCAGGGACAGGACAGAGGGGCUGGGGACAUUUGGGGGCUACCAGUGGCAGCCACUUCACCACCUUCACCCUGCUGGGUGAUGCUCCCCAUUCUGCCUGUCCCCCGCUAUGGGCACAGAGGGACCCUCUGAGCCCCCUGGGCAGGGGCCAUCCCCCUCCCCUUUCUGCAGCACUGACAGCCCUGGCCACAGAGCAGACUUCAUAAACCAAGCAGCAGAAGGGACCUUCCCCAGCACCCACCACACCCCAGCUGCUCUCGCACCCACUGCUACUGUUCUUUGAAUGCAAUUGGGUAGAGAAAAGAUUGUACACUGUGAGCAAAAGCUGUUUAUAUGCUCUAGAUAUAUAUAACAUAAAUCUAUUUAUAGCUCUAUAAAUACAUACUGCACAGAGCCCUGCUGCAUAGGUAAAGCAGGGUGUUAGCUUCAACAACCAUUCCCACCACUGCCAGUGAGUGAUGGGACCUUACCUUGAGUUAACUAUGCAAGCACUGAAUAAAAACUCUAUUUUUCACUUUUAAA